AUGGCCAAUAUCAGUAACAGUGCUCUGUACGGGGUGUUCACCUUCUCUGCCCUGUUUGCGGGAACACUGCUGAAUGUCCUCGGCCCUCGUUUGACCAUGAUGCUCGGGAUUACUGGUUACCCGCUCUAUAUCGGCGCCAUGUGGUAUUUUGACCUGUACGGUAAUCUUGGGUACCCUGUCUUCGCCGGUGCCUACCUCGGUCUCACUGGCGGCUGUCUCUGGACAACGGCUGCAUACGUCUCCAAUGCCUACGCCGAGGAGAAAGACAAGGGAUUCUGGCGUGCUAUCCAGUGGCAAAUGAAUGUAUGGGGUCAGGUGAUCAAUCAGGUGACUCAAGGAAAUAAUACCGAUGCCAUCGGCGCCAGCGUUGCUCUCGGCGUCAGCUGGAACGCUUCCUCCGCCAGCGUCCCGCACGCUGUCUACAUUAUCUUUAUCGUCAUUCAGUGUACAUCGGUUGCUCUGGCUCUCCUCCUUCUGCCCGCCGAAAAGAUACGCCGAGCCGACGGUACUGCCCUCGCCGUAUUCAAGCCCAUCUCUGUUUGGGAGUCGCUGCGUAUCUCCGCCUCCCUGUUCUAUGAUUGGCGUAUCCUGCUCAUGAUUCCUACCUUUUUCGCCGGUGAAAUGUUCUUCCCCUUCCAGUCCUCUAUGAAUGCGUACGCCUUCAACCUCCGCACCCAGACCCUAACCCGCCGCCCGAUGGAGGCUGGGGCGAAUUCGGCCUCCCGCGCCCGUGCCCCCGCCCGGCGCUGGAGGUUGAGGUAA